GCCAUGGCAGCUGGUCAGGAAAACGGGUGGCCGCUGGGGCUGCGCCACCCACACAAUCUCAGAAUCCGGCGAUUCAAUGGAUCAAUCGUUUCUUUCGACACUACAGCUUCCCCUACCUCCAUUUCUGGUUUUUCCUCUGAUCUUGACACUCAGUCAACUGGUUCUUUUUUCCGGGACAAUAGCAUCACGCUAGGAAGUCUCAUGGGAAUCUCCAACUUGGUGGAGCUGUCCAGAAGAUCAUCAACUCGGAGGACAAGACAACCUUUGAGAAGCGAAAGUAGCGUGGUCAAAUCCAAGAAAACAUGUCUGUUUUCUCUGUGUUACAGGCUCAACAGUAGUGACGACGAGGAUAUGAUGAAAACCGCCAUGGCUCCUUCUUUGGGUUACCUUCUGGAAGUUGAGAGGAGAGCUUCUGCAAGGUUUUACCAACCAAAUCAUCAAUUCUCUGCAGAUUCCAGUAGUUCUCAUCUAUCUUUGUCGUAUUUAUGCGGAUACUUCUGCCAUUAAAAUGGAUUUAGAAAUUCAAUAGCAUAUGCUUUCCAACAUCAUUGAGGAAAGUUUUGCCAAUUUGCAAGCUGGUUUGACGUACUACACGGUAUGGUGCAUUUACACUUUUUUUUUUUUACUUGGAUACAUAGAUUUACCAUUGGGUAUUUUUCGGGACAGUAAUAAAAUCAAGACUUGUGAAAGUUUUUUACUUACUAAUGUACACUUAUCAUCUCAUUUUGCUAUGUAAGCUGGGCAGAGAGAUUUAUUUGUAGAAUCCUAUUUUACCGUGGACCAUGGUCCAUGUACUAGUGUGAUUCAUGAAAUAUGUAUCAUUCUAAUUACACUAUUUUAGUCUCAUUUGAUAA